AUGGCCUUCAGGAAGCUUAUCCUCUAUCUCGAGAACCUCUCUGAGAAUGCUCCAGACAGCCUGUGUAAUAGCAAAACAUUCUUUAAGUACAUCAGAGGCAAGAAGCUGACUCAACAACCAGUGGAGCGACUGGACAAUCGAGAUGCUAAAGGAGCGCUCAAAGACGGAGGGGUCUUGACUAUUUCUGAGACUGAUCAUCAUAUUGACAAUAUCAUGGCAGAUUUCAACCUCACCUCCUCUGACCCUUCAACAUUCAUCCUAACAGGUGUCCCUGGUCUGGAAGCUGCUCACGCCUGGAUUUCCAUCCCUUUUUCUGUGUGCUACAUGAUCAGCCUGUUGGGAAAUGUCACAUUGCUGUUUGUGGUAGGCAAGGAGCAGACCUUGCACAAGCCGAUGUACCUGCUACUCUGGAUGCUGGCACUCGCAGACAUAGGCACGUCUUCCUCCGUUGUGCCGAAGGCACUUUGCAUAUUUUGGUUCAAUCUGAGAGGUAUAACUGUGGAUGGCUGCCUCACCCAGAUGUUUUUCCUUCAUAUGCUUUCAGUUAUGCACUCAGCCGUCCUCGUGACAAUGGCCUUUGAUCGCUAUGUUGCCAUAUGCAACCCUCUGAGAUACACCACCAUCCUCACCAAUGCACGCAUUGCUAAGCUAGGGCUAGUAGGUUUGACAAGAGCUGUUCUCUUCAUUUUGCCCAUGCCUCUGCUCCUGAGCAGGCUGCCGUUCUGUGCCAGCCGCCUCAUCCCCCACACGCACUGCGAGCCUAUAGCUGUGGCGAAACUGUCAUGUGGGGACAUCACAGUCAACAGGAUGUAUGGCCUGGUGAUCGUGUUUGCAGUAAUUGGGUUUGACCUGACACUGAUCACUCUGUCCUAUGGUCUGAUCAUCAGGGCCAUCCUCAGAAUCUCUUCCAAGACAGCCCACCAGAAAGCCCUCAGCACCUGCACCGCCCACGUCAGUGUGAUGCUGACGUGUUAUACAUCUGGUCUUUUCUCUACUCUCACGCACCGGUUUGGUCAGGGAAUUGCUCCUCAUAUUCACAUCAUCUUGGCUGACCUUUAUCUCCUUGUGCCCCCUAUGCUCAACCCAAUCAUUUAUGGGGUCAAAACCAAAGAGCUUCGUGACAUAGUAGGCCAAUGCAUCUGCAGGAGAAAAAAACUAAUUUUUUCAAAAAAAAAAACUGUAGUCUAG